AUGCCCUCCAAAUACGACGCCUCCAAGAAGGGAAGCGACGAGACCGCCGUCGUCGCCCGCUCCGGCCGAGCCCCGGGCAACCUCCACGCCGCCACCCCUGCAAACGUCGUCGCUGAGCCCUCCCCGGCCGCCGACGCGCAGCACGGCCCACGCCACGGACCGCCGCCGGCGCGCAGGCCAAGAUCCACCAUCAAGAACAAGAUUAUCCCUCAUGCCUUUAAAUUGUAUGAAGCUACGAUUAAUAAUGAGAUUAAUAAUGAGGAUGGUGAAAAAGAAGAAGGUAUUUUUUCCGAGGAAGAUGAAGAUGAAGGUGAAGAUGAAGAUGAAGAGGAGCGGGAGGAGCUGUAG